AUGAAUUACGACGACGAUUCUCCAUUUUUAUUCGAAAACAUAAAAAGUAUAAUUCACGCUAAGGAUAAAAAGGCAAACAGAAAAUGGGAAAGGUGCGUUAGUGACGCUUUUGACAAAGCAUUUUAUAAUUUAAAAUCCUCAAGUACCGAAAAAAGACAGAACGAAAAAGAAAAUACAAAUGAAAAUAUUCAUAAAGCUAUAGAAGGUAAUAUAAGUAACAUUAAAUGGAGUUCUGAUAACAUAUCAGAAACAAUAUCAAGUGAAUUGUCUUCAUAUAUAUCUGAUAGUUCACACAAGUUUAACAUAUUUAAUAAAAAAAAAGACAACAUUGUAUAUGACAAAUAUUAUAAAAAGGAAUCAUUUCAUACAAGCAGUUUGGAAGAUAAUUCAGAAGAAGAAAAUCGUGAAGAUAGCUUAAAUGAUGUAGAUAAGCAGAUAAAUUUUGUUAAUAAACUAAUUGAGUAUUGCAAAAAAAUAAAAGUUGACAAUUCGGAGAAUCAACAGUUUCCAAUUCGCUCAGGAAACAAUCAAAAUUUCAAGUCAAAAAGAAGUACCAAUAAAGCGAGAUAUAUUAGAAAAAUUGAAAAUUCAAGUUACAAUAUAACAAAGAUACCAAAAGGAAAAUUUGAUGAAAAUGUAAAUAAAGCGAUUUCAGAUGUAGGAUUAAAGAAGUUAACAAAAAAAGAUAUAAUAAGUAAACGCCAAAAUAUAGAACCACUGUUGAGUGUAUUAAAUUAUGAAAAAGUUGUAAAAAAAUCCCAAAAUGGUUAUGGUGAUAAUAAUAAUUAUAGACGCGAUAACUUUAAUAAAGAUAUUAUUUAUAUAGGGGAAAAGGAAAAACAAAGUGUUGAUACUGGUUUAAUUUGUAAUACAAGGAAAGAAACAAUUUGGAUUCCGUAUAAUAAUCAGAAUAGUUCUAUAUAUAAUAAUAAGAAAAUUUUAAAAAAAUGUGCUUCGAAAUUUUGUAAUAAAGAUAAAGUUGGUAACUUUAAACAACAUGCUACACCUGUGCAACAUUCUUCAAAUGGUAAUAUAUAUUCAAAGAAAUUAGGCAUUAUAAAAGGGUGUGUUAAAAUUGGAAUUUUGAAUAAAAUGGAGCCCAAAGUUAAAAAGUUAAAUUCACAGAAAAACCACGAAAUAUUUUUAGAACGGAAUGAUAAAACAUGUAUUAAAAAUAUGCUAAACAAUAAAAAAUGUGAUAAUAUAGGUCAUAACGAACCAGUAUCACAUGGAUUAAAAAAUAAAGAGAAUAAAAUUCAAUAUGAUAAAAUAAAAAAAGGUGACUCUAGUUUAGAUAUAUCUUCAAUAAAAAAAGAAAAAGAAUAUAUUAAAAAGGGUAAUAAAUGGAAACUUGAUAUUUUUAAUUCUUUAGAAAACGUGUCCAAUAUAAAAAACUUUGUAAAAAGACCUUUUUUGAAAAGUUAUAAAAUAUUGUUUAGAGGAAGUAAAUACCGAAAAAAAUAUAAUCAUAUAUUAAGGAAUAUUAAAAAAGGAAAAUAUCAUCAUAACAAUAAUCUAGGGAAAAAUGUAACAUGCUGGAGUAAAUUAGAAAAAAAAAUAUUAAAAAUAACCAAAAUGGAAAUGGAUAAAUACAAAGUAAAAUUAAAUGAUAAAAGAAAAGAAAAAAAAUUCAAGAAUAAGAGUCAAACUUAUAAACAUGAAAGAGUAAAAAAGAGGAUUUAUAGUAGUAGUCCAAAAAAAGAAAUUAUAAAAAAGGGGAAAUCGGAAGAAAUUAGAAGUAAAAAGCAUAUAAAUAGUGUGAAACAUAAACGAAACAGUGAAAAGACAUCAAAAAAUAUUAGUUCUGAAUCAAAUAAUAAUUCCAGUAUUAUAAUUAUGAAAAAAUCGAAAAGCUUAAAACUGGAAAAAACAGAUAAACGCUCAAGCAAUUACAAAGAUGAAAAUAUUAAUUAUGAUGGAAUAAAAACAAUUGGAAGUGAAGAAUUUCACAUAAAUCGAAGUAAAAAUUAUAUUAUAAAUCAUAGUAAAGAUAAAAAAAAACAGGAAAAAAGAAAAAUUAAAAGAGCAAUUUCAACAUUUUUUAAAUAUUCAUCAGAAUAUAUAAAUUCUCGAAAAAGGGGAGUUUCGCUACAAAGUUUAGAUGAUUCUAAUGAAUUGAACAAAAAAGGUUCGAGAUAUAGUGAAGCAGGAGAUAAAGAAAUAUAUGAAACAUAUAUAGACAAACUAGAUAAGAAAUUAUCCAAAACUGCAUAUAGCCUAACAAAUAUUGAAAAUGAUAACAAUUUAAAAGAUAACAGUUUAAACGAUAACAAUUUAAACGAUAACUUGGAACAAAAGCCAUAUUCAGAAGGAAACAUUAAAGAAAUUUACUAUAAAUAUACAAAAAAAAACAAUUCUACAGAUUUUCAAUUCGAAAAUAUGGGAAGGAAAAGUAUAAAAAAUAAUUAUGGGGACAAAGGAAAGUCUUUCGAUAUACGUUAUUAUAAUGAUCAAACCGAAAAGGAUAACAAAUUGAUUACAGAUGAAAUAUAUAAUUAUUACUAUAAGGAUAGAGGAAAUGAAAAGAAAAACAAAAUUUCAUACAACACACAUAACGAGAGAAGCAAUUAUGAAAACAAAUAUGCACUCAUGAAUCUAGAUGAACAAAAAAAUGAGCAUAUAAAUGAAGAAUAUGGUAAUUUUAACAAUGAUAAUACAUUAUAUCAGGGAUAUUACAAAUAUUAUGAAAAUUUAGAUGACAAUGAUUUAAACUAUUAUAGUGAAUGGGACGAUUAUAAUUAUACUAAUCCAAGUAAAGAAUAUUCUGCAGAAAUGAAAAAAUUAAAUAAAUUAUAUUAUAUAUAUAAUGAAGAAUCUUAUUCAAAAGAAAACAAUGCACAAAUAGAUAAUAUUCCAGAGAAUAAUACAAAUGAUUAUAAAGAUUCUACCUACUUGGAUUACAUGAAUAAUCUAGAAAAUUUAAAAAAGGAUGAAAAUAAUACAUUUUUGUCUGAGUUGUUAAUGCAAAGCAAUGCUACAUAUAAUGAAAAACUGGCAAUGAUACUAAAUUUGAGCAAGGACAAACAUCUAUAUAGAAGAAUUAAAAAACUAUUAGAAAAGAAAAAUUAUGAUAAUGAUAUAAAAAAUAUAUUAAUUUAUUUUUUAAAAUGUAUAAAGAGUGGUAUAUAUUUACCAAAAGAUGAUGAUAAAAAAAGGUUAACGAAUGUUAAAAAGAAAAAUUUUGGAAAGACAGAAAGUAGGAAAAGAAGACAUAUUGAAUUAAAGGAAAACGAUACAGAAACAAAAAGCGUGAGCUUAAGUGAUAGUAUACAAGGUAAUAAAAAUAUAUGUUUAAAAAAAAUGUACAUAGAAAACGCACCUAACAGUUUACCAUUAACUAUGUUAAUUAUACAAAAUUUUGAAAAAAAAAAAAAGAAAAAUGAUAAAGAUAUAAAAGUAAAAUAUAAAGUUGAAUUAACUGGAAUGAAAAACAAAAAGAAAUUUAGCAAACUUGUUGAGGAUGAAAAAUGUCUAUUUUCAAGGAUUGAUAAAAUAUACAGUUUUUGCAGAUUAGAUGAAAAAUAUAAAUGUGAUGAAAUAUACAAUACGAAUAUUGUGAAUAGAUUUAUUCCAUUUCCAAAUCUAAAAAACGAUUUGAUAAAAAAAUAUAAUAUUUCCAAAUUGGUAAAGUUUAAAGAAAAUACAAUGGAAAAAGAGAAAAUAAAUGAUGUUAAGCAUAGUUUUUUACAUAUUAAUAAAGUAUUUAAUAAUAACAAAAAUGUUAAAAAUCAUAUAUAUAAGCCAAAUUUUUAUUCAAAAAUUGACAAUAAAUUUAAAGAAAUAAGCAAGUUAGAAUAUACAAACAAUCAUACACUCGAAAGCACAAUAUCUCAUGUACCUAAAUGUAACACAAAUAGCAAACUAUUUGAUGAAAAGACAAAUAAUAACCAAUUUGUAAAAGAAAAAAUCUUGGCUUUGCAAAAGAAAGAGAAAAGCUUUUUUCUGAAUAAAAAUAAAAUUCAUCCAUUAAAAUUUUAUAAAAGUAAAGGUUUAGCUUUAUUUAAUAAAAAAGUAGAAGGAAGUAUAAAAAGUAUUGUUAUGUCUAACUCGUUUCUAUCGAAAGAUAAAAUGAUAUCAGACAUAGAAAAUAAAAGUACCCAAUUGAAUAAUUCUUUAGAAAAACAAAUAAGCUUAUAUGUUUCCAAAAAUAAUGUAUCAACAAAUAGUAAUGCUAAAAAUGGGGGAAUAAGCAAUGAACACCUUGAAACGGAAAGGAAAAAUGCAAUUAUUAAGCUCAGUAGUAUAAAAAGUGAUAUUAUUAGGAAAAAAACACAUCAAAAAAAUAUUUAUGAUAUUAUGAAAGAAAAAUUUUCUGCAAAAAGUUGUAUAAAUUUAUGGAAAAUUGAAGGAGGGAAAAUAAUGUAUAGGGAGAAUAAAAUUGAUCAAAAAAGUAAAUUAUUUAGUGGGGGUGAAUCGAGAAUAAAAAAUAAAAACCAUGAAGAGAUAAGGAUAAAAAAUAUGAGUGGAAAUAUAAAACCGUUUUAUAAGGAAAAAUAUAAGAGCCGUAAUAUAUCUGACAUAAAUGUGAUAGGAAUGAAAAAUGGAAAGUCAUAUAUAAAAAUUAAUUCUUUCAUAAAUAAGAAUAGUAUGGUAAAUUAUUACAAUGAAUAUAAUAGCAAUGAAGAGAAAGAAGGCAACAAAAAUAUGGGCAAGUUUACAAAGGUUCUUGAUGGAAACAAUUAUGAUAAGAAGGAAUUGUUUAAUACAAAAAUAGAGAGUAAUCAAAAUAGGACUUUUGACAAUGAAAAUGAUAAAAUAUUGUUUGUAACAGAAGAAAGUGAUUCGAUAAAUGAAGACAGGUAUUACAACAAAUUGAAAUAUUCAAACACCAAUAAAAAUAUUAACAAACUUGAGGAAAAGGAAAGAAAAUUUUUACAUCAUGAUGAAGAUAACAACAUUUUAAAGGACAAAAUAGAUUUUAUCCGUAAUGAAAAAAUAGAAAAAACAAAGAAUAUAUCGUCAAACUACAUAAACAGUGAAUUAGUACAUAAUAACAAAAAUAAAAAUGAUAUGAAUCGAAAGCUUAGUGUAAAGAAUGAUCUAUUAUUUUAUAAAAACAGCUAUAAUAGCAUGGGUAGAGAGAUUAGAAUCGGGAAUAGAAACAAUAGCAGUACCAAUGUAGACAGUUACAAAAUGAAAGAAAACCAAAGAAUUUAUAGUGAUAAGGAAAUGUAUCCAUUCUUUUCAUCAAGCUUGAUAAAUCAAAUUUACGAAAAUUCAAAAGAUAACAUAAAAGAAAAUAAAAUAUUUAAAAAUAAUUCUGGUAAUUUUCUUCAAUUAAAUAAAUUUCCUGAUAAAGUAAAUAAAUCUUUCAAGGAAAUUCCAAAAUGGGGAAAUAAAAUGGUAUAUAAAUAUAAGACGAAUAAAGGAAAUAGCUACUACUUUUUAAAUGGAAAUAAAAAAAAUAUAUACAAGACAUAUAUAAAUUCUGAUUUAUCCCUUCCAUUAAGUAAUCUUGACGGAAGAAAAAGUGAACAAAAUAAAAAUGUAAAUAUAUUUCACAAAAAAGAUGGUAAUUUUUUAGUACAAAGAAGAAAGUAUCAAAGGGAAGGAGCUAAUAAUAUUGUUACAUUUGCAAAAGAGAAAAAAGGGAAAAGUGAUGUCUCUAAUAUUUUAUCAACAAAUAAAUUGUUAAAUAUUCAUAAGAAAAAUAGUGAAAAUAUAGAUUCUAGUGACUAUGAAAAAAUUGAAAAAAGAGUAAGAAGCAUUAUUAAUACACCCUCCAAAAGAUAUAUACAUAGAGAAUUUUUGUCAGAUUCUUUUGAAACAAAUUCAUUUCGUAAAAAAAAUAAAAGUUCAGAAACAAUUCAAUUUAUUAAGCCUAAAAGGGAUAGAACCAUUCGUAAUAGAAAUAACAGUGAUCAUAUGGGGAUAAGUUAUGAUGAUAAAUUUAUCGAAAAAAAUAAUAUAAACAGAUAUUCUGAAAAAUCAAAAUUUAAAAACUCGAAUUUAAUAAAAAAAAAAUCAAAUUAUGUUGACAUAAGAUCGAUAGAAUGCUCUAAGAGCACACUUGAAUACUUCGUCGAAAAAGAUUACCUUAAAAAAAUGACUACCAGUAUAAUAUCUGAUAGUUAUGAAAUAAAGGACAAAACCAAAAAAUAUAAAAAAAAUAAAACAAUCCCGAAAAAAAAAAAUGAAAAAAAAAUUGAAAAAAAAAAAGAAAAAAAGAAAGAAAACAAAAAAGAAAAAAAGAAAGAAAAAAAGGACAUUUUAAUUUAUCCACAAAUAUAUAAAUCAUAUGUAAAAGAAAAAAUCAACAAAAACGAAGAAAUAAAAGAAAAGAAAAAUGAGGAUAAAUUUGAGAACCGUGACAAAAAUAUACACACAGAAAUGAGUAAAAAAUUAUUAAUUUCAGGCACAAAUGAAGAAAUAAAAAAAAAAGGUAAACAUAAUAAGAACAAAGAAAAUAAAAACCAAAAAAGACACCAAAGUUAUAAAACCGAUACCAAAUCAAGUUCAGACAAUUAUAAUUUAAAUGAAAUAAAACGUAGAACCAAUGCAAAAGGUAUAUAUGGUAAAAAACGGAAAACAUUUCAAAGCUCAAUUAAUUUAAGAAGUAAUAGUUUUAUAGAAAAAUUAAAAAGACACAUUAAUGUAAAGCGUAAGCUCAAUUUAACUAGCAAUAAUAUAAUAAAAUAUUUUUCAAGUGAUUUAGAUAAUCUACGAGAUAUAGAAGAAAGUGUUACAGAAAAUAGUUCACAAAGUAUAACCAGCGACGAAAGUGAUAUUGAAAAAGAAAUAAUAAAUUCUGACGCAAAAAUGGAUGAAAGUGAAGAGAUCAAAUCUUUUAGCGAAGUGUCAGACAAUUUGUUAACUAUUAAAUUAAAUAUUAUAACAAUAUUCUUAGAAGGAUUUCAUAUAAGAAAAAACAGUCUAAAAAAAAAAUAUAAUAUAAAAGUAACUAUUUAUUCUUCUAAUGAUAUUAAAACCCUUGAUAAUGAUUAUAUAACGCAGGAAGUAUUUCCAUGUUAUUUGACUUCGCACCCAAAUGGCAUUGGUUUAAGUUCUGAUGUAUUCAAAAAAAUUGAUGUAUCAUGUAGAGAAGGCUUAUGUGGAUUUUUUAAAGUAGUAGUAUCCUGCUACCGAGAUAAGAGUUUCUUAAAAAUGGAAUUAUUUCGAAUUUAUAGCCAAAUAUUUAAAUCGCCCGUUGAAUUAAAGCGCUACAACCUAAGCAGAAACAAAAAAUAUGCAUUAGAAACAAGCAGUUAUAAUGACGAUUCGUAUGAAAUUAAUGGGGAAAUAAUAAUUGGCACAUUGUUAUAG